CCUUUUAUAAAUAUCUCACUGAGAUUUCUCAUUCGAACCCUAUUUUUUCAUUCCAAUUUGUUUAUGGUUUUUUGAUUAUCUUCUUUUGCUGUCGGAUUUGGAGCGUUAGUGUUCGGAAAUAAUGGCUGAUCAGUCUGAGAGUGCCGGUUCGAAUGUCGAGUCGGCGAUGGAUAAGAUAAGCGAGAAGAUUCACGCUCACGACACGUCUUCAUCAGAUUCGGAUUCGGAUUCGCCUGACGAGAAAACGGUCUCGCCAUCCUCCUCGGCGAAAGCCAAGGUUUUCCGUCUUUUCGGGAGGGAGAAACCGGUUCACGAGGUUUUUGGCGGAGGAAAGCCUGCUGAUGUGUUCUUAUGGAGGAACAAGAAGAUUUCAGGCAGUGUUCUCGUUGGAGCCACGGCAAUCUGGGUUUUCUUUGAAUUGCUUGAAUAUCACCUGCUUACUCUUGUGUGUCAUGUUCUGAUUCUAGCUCUUGCAAUCCUGUUCCUGUGGUCCAAUGCCCAUACCUUUAUCAAGAAGACUCCACCCCGCAUCCCAGAAGUUCAAUUUCCUGAGGAGCCAUUCUUGCAAGUUGCCGCAGCCCUGAGAAUUGAAAUUAACCGCGCUUUUGCAGUCUUGCGUGAUAUUGUGACUGGAAGAGAUUUGAAGAAGUUUCUCAUUGUCAUUGCUGGCUUAUGGGUUAUUUCAAUUGUGGGGAGUUGGUGCAAUUUCUUGACCUUGUUCUACAUAUCUUUUGUUUUGCUGCACACCGUGCCUGUUCUGUAUGAGAAGCACGAGGACAAGGUCGAUCCAUUUGCAGAGAAGGCAACAAUCAAGAUUAAAAGGCAGUAUGCAGUGUUUGAUGCCAAGGUAUUGAGCAAGAUUCCAAAAGGUCCAUUGAAAGGAAAGUUGGCGUAGAGUAGGUAAGGCAUUUUCUGUUGUUGGACACCCAUCUAGGCAAUGGGUUUUGUAGGUUGUGAUUGGGCUUGCACUUUUUUAUAUUUGCCAGAUCCUCCCAAAGUUGUUUAUUAGUGUUCUGAGUUCCCAUUUGGUGGAUUUGGUAUGUGAACUUAGUGGCAAGUUUCAGGUGUGAAAUUUGCUAUUGUACUUUUUCAGUGACAAUCUAAUGGCACCUUACUAUAGGUGUUUUUGUGAACAACUUUUAUUAGUAUAUUGGAAGCCUUCUUUUA